UUUUCGUUGCACUGUGAAAGGUGCAGUUUCUCUUCUUAAGUUCUGUCGUUCUAGGGGCUCCGCCUUCGCUCCAUCCAACGUUUCCACGGUUUCCACAGCUACAACAGCGUGCCGCCGCCGCUUUGCUUCCUUUCCGUUCUUCUUUCGCCACCUCUUUACGUAAAUUGCAAGUGUGUUACCGUGUUGUUUCUCGCGCGUAGCGCUCUCAGUAGACGAAAUGUGUUACCCACGGAGCGUGCGUGCCUGACAUGUGCUAUCUUUCCUGCUCACGUGGUACCCGGUUUGCUUCGGAUGUUUGGAUCGCCGUUCGCUUAUCCCGCCAACCGUCAGAGAGCUACCUCGGCUACCUCAUGUGGUUGACACAACCUCCAAAGCACAGCCAGCGCACUGUUUAGAAGGUCCCCUGGAGCAGGGGACGGAAGUGCGGAAGAGAGCGAGCAGUUAGUAGAGACCAUCUGCAACGGAGGCUCAACCACACACAAAGCCAUGCUCAAAGAGGAGAAAGUUGAGCUGACCAGCAUCUUUGGGGCAUAUGGUCCAUUCCAACGGAUCGUGUUCCUCUUUGCUGUCACAAUCAGCAUGUUUGGGGCAUACCACAACCUCAUUAUCACUGCUGUGGCACCAAAGAUUGACCACUGGUGUGCAAGGCCUGCUGGCCAUGGCUAUGAAAACAUGACGGAUGAGGAGUGGAAGGAGCUGGCAAUUCCCAAGGAGACAAGACAAGGCGUCGAGCGCUACAGCCAGUGCCAGAGGUACGAUUUUGAAACCAAUGCCACGGUGAGCUGCAACUCCUGGGAGUAUGACCGCUCUAUUUACAAGAACACCAUUGUUGAUCAGUGGGAUCUCGUGUGUUCAAGCAGCUGGCUUAUCUCUCUCAGCCAAUCUGUGUACAUGGCAGGCUACAUGACAUCCAUGAUCAUUUUUGGACAACUCUCUGACAGGGUGGGAAGACGCACAGUGAUAUGCAUUGCCCUUUCCAUUCUGCUCACUGCUGGCUUCUCAACACUCCUCUCCCGGACCUUCAUCACCUUCAUUUCCCUGCGCUAUUUCGUCUCACUUGGCGUUUCUGGAGUGGGCGCCACAUCAUUCGUUCUGUUGAUGGAGGUAACGGGUCCAACCACACGGUCCUUCUUUGGCCUGGCUUAUGAAUUCGGCUGGGCCACAGGCUACCUGGUGCUGGCACUGGUUGCCUACCUCAUCAAAAACUGGUUCUAUGUCCAGCUGGUGGCUAUGAUAGGGGCACUUGUACUCAUCAUCGGCUUCUGGGUUCUUCCAGAGUCUCCACGAUGGCUCAUGGCCAACAAGAAGUUCGAUCAAGCUCACAAAUUGAUCAUGGAGGCCGUGGAACGUAACGAGAAGGACAAGGAGGAGGCUGAAAUCAAGUAUGAACAGCUGAAGAAAGAGUUUGAGAAGGAGCAGCCAAAGCAUGUGUUUGGCAAAGCAACAGUAUUUGACCUGCUCAAGACGCCCGUGCUCAGGCGACGAACUCUCAUUCUCUACUUCUGCUGGUUCGUCAAUUCAUUCACCUACUAUGCCAUGUCACUCAACACUAAUGAUCUCGGAGGCAACCCAUACCUCAACUUUGCAAUUGCUGGUGCUGUGGAGUUUCCAGCCUACGCUAUCUCUAUUGUGGUAAUCCAGAAGAUGGGACGACGUUGGUCACAGAGUGGAUGCAUGCUGCUGGCUGGGAUAGCCUGUAUCGUCACCAUCUUCUUCCAAGGAAAGACCCUCUGGCUGAAGAUAACGUUUGCCAUGAUCGGCAAGUUUCUGAUCACUGCCUCCUAUGGUAUCCUGUAUGUUUACUCGGCCGAGAUCUAUCCAACGGUGGUACGCAAUGUCGGGGUGGGCUCGAGCUCUACCAUUGCCCGGUUUGGUGCCAUCAUCGCCCCUUUUGUCAAGGAGCUGGGUCAUGCUACGCAUGAGAGCGUGCCAUUUGGUGUGUACGGGGCCAUCUGCAUCUCAAGUGGCCUUACAGUGCUUUUAUUGCCCGAGACCCGAGGGGCUCAGCUGCCGGACAGUGUGGUUGAAGGAGAAGAGUUCCUAGGGCCAGAUGCACCGUCACGAAGCAAGGUAUCGGAAGACAGAGCAAGCAACAAGACUAAGGAGGAAGCUUCAAAGGCGUGAUCAAUCGGGAGGACAUUGUCUAGAUACUCAUACAUGAGGCAUAUAUACUUCAACUAGUCUUACCAUAUUUUUAUACAUUUAUACAUGCAUUCUUUCUUUUGCUAAUCUUGUGAUAACCUUGCGAAGGAAUAAACUGUACAGGCGUUUCAUAACUUAAAGAUGGCUGGUUGAAAGGCUACAUCAAAUCGGGGCUAAUCGGUUCUUAAAACACUUGCAAUGUUAAAACACCAUUUUCAGGGCCUUGGAAGCCUUUAAAUUUCAUUAGAUGCUUUUAAAUCUCUGAAUUUCAUUCCAUUCUAAGUUUAGCAUAUUUUGUUCCGACAUGUAGCCACAAAGUGAAUACCAAACUGUACAGGUGUUUCUGGGCUCGUCGGUUUUUGAAACAUUUGCAAUGUCAAAAUGUCAUUUUCAAGUCUGUGAAAGUCUUUAAAUAUUUUUAGAUGCUUUCAAAUCCCUGAAUUUUGUUUCAUACUACAUUUACCAGAUAUUGUUUUAACAUGUGGCCACAGAGUUGGGGUGUAACUCAAGAGGAAAGCCAAGCCAGUUAGCAGCUUUGUGGUGGCUGGUGGUUGUUUGCUCAUAAGCUUUCUUCAUGUAUAUCUUCUUGGUGUGUGUGCAAUGAAAAUAGUUUGUUCAUUGUUAAGAACAAGUUUCUUGUUUUCAAGCUAAUGCCUCAGUCACACAGGGCACUUUCCAACCUAGUUAAUCCCGAUUGGGUUUGAGUGCGAUCAAAAGUGCCACAUGUGACUGGGGAUCAUGUUAAUUUAGUCCUUGGAAAAUGCUUUGUCAGGACUUUGGAAGUCCUUAGAAGUUUUCGCCCUGCAAAUGAAGAUUAAACAGUUUUUCUACA